UUGAAUGAAACCGCAAUUUCACCAGAUUUCUGGAAAUCAGCCUUCCUCCCUGUAUUUAAGAAGCUUGCAUCAUCAUCUCUUAAGCAAUCUAUUGAUAAUCUGCGCAUAAAUGAAAAAUUAUCUGAUAUUCUUUCAAACAACACAAUUGAUAGCUUCAAUGCAACUAAAUUUUCAUUGGAUUCCCAAGAAGACCUCAAAUUACGCUCUCUUGGCCUCCCACCAAUAAUUACAGAAUUUAGAUCUUCUCUUGAGAACACAUUCCUUGUUUUAUCAUCACAGUUGCAGAGCCAGAUCACUCAGAUUGCCACUGUUGAUAUGAUUAGGGCUCCUUUGAAUGAUGUUUUGUCGAAAUGCUGUAAAUUACUUUCAAUUUCACUUUCCUCUGCUUCAAAUGGGACAUCAGUACCAUUAACUGUUUACCAUUUAUGUGGAGCUUUAGCAUCUCCUUCCAUUGUCUCAAUUCUCUCAGAAAAUUCCUCUUCAUCAAGAUCAAUCAAAGAACUGACCAAAAUACAAGAAAAUGCAGCUCAAUUAUGGGCAUCUUCUAUUGCUACGAAGCUUGCAGAUGAUUAUCUGUCGACAAAUCCUGGAUCUUCUUUUUCAUAUUUGGUUUCUCUCGAAAAGAAGAUUUUGGAAGCUGCAGGACACAUAAACACCCAAGUUUGUGCCAAAAACAUGCGAAAUGAAGCAAGAAAAGCUGUUGCAGAGAAACUUGGCCAAAUCUUGGAAAAUUUAACUCUCCAAGGAGGCAGUGAAGCCAGAUCUAUUGCAGAAAGCAAAGCGACAAACUUGUUCAAGGACUACUGUUUGUUUGAUAUUGUUUUGUCCAUGCAAAACGCUUCAGUUGAUUUAAGACCAUCUUUCAUCGAAAAAAUGGAUCCAACAAAAUUCCACGAAAACGAAAAGAAAUUUGUUGAUGAAGCAAAGGCAACAUUAGCUUCCAGCGGAGAACUGUUGAAGCUUAUGAGUGGAGGAAAGUUAAUUGCUCCUCAAUCUUCAAACAAAGUUGACAUCAACUCGAAAGUCAACUCUCUGUUUUCAAAAAGACUGAAAUCUCAAUAA